GGUCUCUGCUACUUCGGUUCGUGUAGAUAAUUGAUCUACAUUCCGACCGUGGUUUGAAUGUCGCAAAGAAAGCCAUAGACGUAGUGGUACUGCGGGUGUCGACCCACGGCGCGUGCGAAACGCGUGUGCAUGUAGGGCGGGCACAUAAUUUGUGAUGAUACCAGGCCCCGCGUUCAACAAUGGACACCGAGGGACAAUUCGCAAACCUUUCGCGAGGGAAGCCACAGCAUCUCAUCAAAGCCAUUCCGGAUUGCACGAAUCGAGGUGAUGGCGACGGCAACUACACCGAUUGAUCUUUCAGGAUCGACGCGCAACCGCUCCCUCUCACGCUCACGCUCCGGCGCAUUGCCAUCUCGCCCGACGACUCCCCUUCGACCGCCAUCACGAACGAGUCUACGCGCAUCCCAAACCACACCCACCGACGGCGCUGCCGCAGGAACUCACGACCACCCUCUCAAUGCCCUCGAACAUGCCUUCAGCGAACUCAGCGACGGCAUGGCCGACCUCGAAGCCAACUUCAUGCAUCUCUCCCUGCUCCACGAGUCCCUAGGCCGAUUCAACGAGAAUUUCGGCGGGUUCCUCUACGGUCUGAACAUGAGCGCCUUCUGCGUAGAUUUCCCGGAAGCGCCGAUCCCGCAGUCCUUCUCGCGACAGCGCGAGGGGGCCUACGCCGGCGAGCAGUCCUCCAUGUUCCAGAGCCACACGGGCGGGACGCACAUCCCCGAUACGGAGGCGACGUUCCUCACGACGGACACCAGCUUUGUGGACAAUCCUCCGCCGACGAAUGUCAAGGCGAGCAAAUACAGCUCGGUCCCGGGGUCUUCGGCGACGCCCCGAGCGAGAGGUUCACGUGGUGGUCCUGCGGCUACGGGUGGAAGAGGGAGGGGAGGAGUGGGAACAGGCACGGGUGGCAGUGGGAUCGGACGAGGUGGACCAAGUGGACGAGGCGGUGCGUCGAAUACGGGGAGUAGGAUAGGACGAGGAAUCCCUCGAGGUAGAGGUGUGCGGUGAAAUGAUCAUCCAUUGAGUAGCAUAAUAGAUACCAUUUGCAGGAUUGAAAGAGACGGAUAGCAGCAGUACCUUGCAGAUGGGGCGAUGUGCAACUGAAGGCGUCUCACUCUCACGUGCGGUGUGGGUAUGAUUAUCAUCCUUCUGUAAUCCAUGUCAGACUCACGAAUAGCCCUUGAGAGGUCUGCGGCAAACCCAAU